AUGCCAAGGCUUCCAUUUCCUCCUAGCAAACUUUUAUCAAACAAUAAUACCAGAUUUCUUGCAGUUGGCUUUAUGUUUCUUACGUGCAUAGGCUUUGGAUAUGCGACUUUUAAAAAUGCUGACCGAUAUUCAAGGAGUAUUCAUGAUCAAAAAAUGAUUGAAAUUGAAAAAGAACUGAAUCAGAUUAGCGCAGAUCCAGCUGUAAGAGAGCAGAUGAAGAAAAUAUACGGGAUAAGAAAGGAAAUGGCAAAGGAACAGACUAAUCAAUAA